UCUAAAAUCCCGAUUUAAACGGUUCGUACUGCUGGUGACAGUCCAGGUGAGUUUUUAGUAGGUGGGCAACGGUGCGUUUCAGUGUUUUAAUCAGAAAUGCGAGGUUGCAGAUCUGUAUCGGUCUGUAAUAGUUGGGGAUGUUGAGGUGAAGACCAGGUUUUUUAUGAACGGGUGUGACUGAGGCUAGUUUGAGGGUGUGAGAGACGCAGGGAGGGAGCCAGUCAACAAGGAGGAGUGUUGAUGACAGAGACGAGAGGCGGAAUGAAAGUAGACGUUGAGGUAACUAGGAAUAGAAACGGUUUGAGCAGGUUUCACUGGUGCAUCCUGACAGACAGGACGGACACAUGUGCUCAAACACGUUUAAGGCUUUUUUCAUCCACUUUCUGCUGCUACUUCUGCAUUAUCUGCUGAGAGAAAAUGGACAUCGUCCCGGGCGCUGAUCACAGGCCGAUGCUCACCCUGCAGCAAGGAACCCAACUCACACUGCGCCUUUACGGGGUGACUUUAACUGAGAUCUCCACCCUGCCAAGUUACAACGACCAGAACUUCUUAAUAGUUACCAAGGACAACAAGUAUGUCCUGAAGAUCAUGAACUCAGAAGAAAGUAUGAAUCCCACCCGGAUGGAGGUGCAGACGCUGGCCAUGUCCUUUUUACGCCAAGAGGGAGUUCCUUCUCCGAUAGUCGUGCCCACCACCACCGGGAAGCUCAUGAGUAUGGAGGAAAUAGACUGUGGACACGGUGCUCAGACCUACUGUGUGAGGCUGAUGACAUAUCUCCCUGGAAAAACUGUGGCAGAAUCUCCAGUCACCGUGCAAGACCUUUAUCACAUCGGCAAGUUGGCUGCAGUCAUCGAUACGACAUUGAAACAACUGGUAUCUCCAAACUUAGAUGUCUUACAUGAGAAUAAGGGGAUUUGGAGUUUAUCCAACAUUCCUCUCAUACACGACUACCUGUCAGUGAUGGAUGGAGACCCCCUGCAGAUAGUGAUCAAAGCGGUCAUUGAACAGUAUAAGUUACACGUGGCACCCAGAAUUGUCUCUCUCCGUAAAGGGAUAAUACACGGAGACAUGAGCGACCAGAACAUCAUUGUCACACCUGUAGACAACGGGAGGCAUGAGGUGUCGGGCGUGCUGGACUUUUCUCAGCUCAUGAUUGAUUGCUAUGUAUUUGAAGUGGCCAUAACAAUUGCGUACAUGAUGAUGGAGAACCCCAGUCCUUUGCAUGUGGGCGGGGCGGUGUUGGCUGGCUGGGAGAGCAUCAUGGUGCUCAGCGAUGAGGAAAAGGAUUCCCUCUUCCUGCUGGUGCUCGGCCGCUUGUGCCAGUCUCUGGUGUACGGCCGGUACAAUGUCACAAAGUACCCAGACAACAAGGAAUAUCUCCUGACCACAGCCAAAAGUGGGACUCUGCUUCUCACUAAAUUGUGGGAGAUGGGCAAGAAAAACGUGGAAAGAAAAUGGUUCACAGAUGCCGCCAUAUUCAAAGAAAAAUGAAUUAGAAGUGUA